GCGGGGGCGGGGUCGGAAGUGACGACAGAAGCAGGGGGGCGGAGACUUAAGAUGGCGGCUAUGGCGCUGGCGGCGGCGCGGCUGCUGCUGGUUCGCGGCUCGGGCUCGUGGCGCCCCUCGCGGCUGAGGUCCGGAGCUCCCGCACACAGAUGCUUCAGUAGUGGCGGGGCCUACCCCGGCACCCCGCUCUCCUCCCCCUUCCCUGGCGUGCCGCAGCCUGUUUUCGCUACGGCUGGUGGACGGGAAAAGUUUGAAACCAAAGUGACCACGCUGGAUAACGGGCUUCGCGUGGCGUCCCAGAACAAGUUCGGACAGUUUUGUACGGUGGGAAUUCUUAUUAAUUCAGGAUCAAGAUACGAAGCCAAAUAUCUUAGUGGAAUUGCUCACUUUUUGGAAAAAUUGGCAUUUUCGUCGACAGAUCGAUUUGACAGCAAAGAUGAAAUUCUGCUUACGUUGGAAAAGCACGGGGGUAUCUGUGACUGCCAGACGUCAAGGGACACUACCAUGUACGCUGUGUCUGCGGAUUCCAAGGGCCUGGACACGGUGGUUGGUUUGCUGGCUGACGUGGUCCUGCACCCCAGGCUCACAGAUGAGGAAAUCGACGCGGCACGGAUGGCUGUCCAGUUUGAGCUGGAGGACCUCAGUAUGCGGCCCGACCCAGAACCGCUUCUCACAGAGAUGAUUCACGAGGCUGCUUAUCGGGAAAACACAGUGGGCCUCCACCGUUUCUGCCCCACAGAAAACAUAGCAAAGAUGGACCGAGAAGUGCUUCACUCCUACCUGAGAAACUAUUACGCCCCUGACCGCAUGGUGCUGGCUGGGGUUGGGGUGGAGCACGAGCACCUGGUGGAAUGUGCCAGAAAGUACCUGCUGGGAACCCAACCGGCCUGGGGAUGUGAGAAGGCUGUGGACGUCGACAGAUCGGUGGCACAGUACACGGGGGGGGUUGUCAAGCUGGAGAGAGAUAUGUCCAACGUCAGUCUGGGCCCUGCCCCGUUCCCCGAGCUCACGCACAUCAUGAUAGGACUGGAGAGCUGUUCCUUCUUGGAGGACGAUUUCAUCCCCUUCGCCGUGCUGAACAUGAUGAUGGGGGGCGGCGGCUCCUUUUCGGCUGGCGGGCCCGGCAAGGGUAUGUUUACCAGGCUCUACCUUCACGUGCUCAACAGGCACCACUGGAUGUACAACGCAACCUCGUACCACCACAGCUACGAGGACACGGGCCUCCUGUGCGUCCACGCCAGCGCCGACCCCAGACAGGUUCGAGAAAUGGUGGAGAUCAUCACGAAGGAGUUCAUUUUAACGGCUGGAACCGUGGAUGUGGUGGAGCUGGAGCGGGCCAAGACCCAGCUGAUGUCCAUGCUCAUGAUGAACCUGGAGUCCAGGCCUGUGAUCUUCGAGGACGUGGGGAGGCAGGUGCUGGCGACCCGUUCCAGAAAGCUGCCCCAUGAGCUGUGUGCGCUCAUCCGCAGCGUGAAGCCAGAAGACAUCCGGAGAGUUGCUUCCCAGAUGCUCCGCAGGAAGCCCGCGGUGGCCGCCCUCGGCGACCUGAGCAACCUGCCGGCCUACGAGCACAUCCAGGCGGCGCUGGCCAGCGGGGACGGGCGCCUGCCCAGGACGUACCGGCUGUUCCGCUAGAGGCCGUCGCGGUGCGGCCCGAUGCGGGCUGUGGACGGAGCCCGUGUUCAUCCGUGGGUUUUGGGUGUGAAUUUAGUGCAAAGAUUCAUAAAAGGUGCAAACCGGGGGACUCUUCUCUUAAACUUGAUCAGAUUUAAUGUCGCCGAGCACAGCUCUGCGUCCGUUUCUUCAGGACGGGUAGAUCGGGCAGCGGAAUAAAGGUCUGUCUGUGUCGCCGCGGCUGGGAACCAGGCGAAGCGAAAGGCCGCCGGGGGGCCGGCCGCCGCGGGGAGGCCAGGUGGGCGCCCUGCCCCGUCCUGCGUUCCCAGAGGCGAGCGGCCUCGAGUCCACGUCAGAGCGACUCCCGGGGUCUGCCGCGGGGCAUGCUCCUCGGCGCGGCGCUUUCCUUCACCCUCGGUAAGGAUGGGGUGGCGAGAGGCCGGGCUCAGCCGGCGGCGUCCGGUAGCUGGAAGAGUGUCGGCGCCCUGGAGGGAGGGAGGUGGGGUUUCCUCGAUUCGCUGGCCCAUGUGAAGAGCCAGAGCCGCGAGGCCGGGGAGCAUUCGGUUCCGCGGAUGCGCGUAGACGCGUCAGGAGAGUCGCCCGGCCAGGUGGCCCUGGUAAUACAGGGUGGCGUUGUGCUUCCCCGACGGGUACGGACACGGAGCCCCUGGGCCCCUUGGGGCACCGCCCUCCCAGCCGCGGGGGCACAGAGGGGAGGGAGGGACGCUUCUGGGAAAUCAACCCUCAAACGUUCUUUGGUCAUUUAACCUGCUUAUUUUUGCUGGAGCCCAUCCUCCGCUUUUGAUGCCUUCCCUGUGCACUUAGCGGCAUCAGGGAGGGUGUGUUUACCCGCUGGGGCGGAGCCCGGGGGGCCGCGCCCGGUGGCCCAAGGUCCUUGCCUUGCAGACAUUCCUGUGGUUACCACCCUGAAGGGGAAGCACAGGGGGGCAGGGGUGGCGGGCGAGGUCAGCCGAGCUUAGCUGGGGGCAGGGCUCACCGAGAGCCCUCAAGGGGCCGGCCGGAGCCCCCACGGGCCGCACUCAGCCUCCAACCACAGAACGCUGCGCCCAGACCCAGGGGUCUGCUCGGAAGCUGGCGCCAACUGCCCCUCGCCCCCAAGGGCUCCUUGGCACCGCACAGCCGCAGCCCGUCCUCUGGCCCACGCCAGCAGAACGCGUGUGGGUCAGACAAACUAUCCUCACACCGAAUUUCUCAAUCCUUUAUGAAGCUUGCUUUGCAGAGACUGGCCCGUGUCAUUUGAAUCUAUCUGAAUUUUAACCUGGCUCCCAAGUGAAACCCGAGCAUCUAAACUCUCCCGGCUGCUCCUAAGUGAAUGUCCUGACUUGGGACCCAGACGUUUGCUGACGUCCAUCAUAUCGGUCGGAGACGACGCCUGAGAUGAUGCGUCACACUUGCCUCAUUUUCAGGACCCCUCACCGCAAAAAUCUGUCAGAGGUUUUCAGUUUAUUGACUCAAAACUCAACGGCACAUUUCUUUGAGCAAAAUUUUAUCGACAGUGAAGUUUCGGGAAGUCAGGGUGGACGGGCCUCCUUGGUAACCAGAAGUGGGAGUCCCGCACGACGAGUCCGGAAGCCGGUGCUAAUAAAGCUGAUACACUCU